GAAAUACUGAAAUGAGCAGUAACUCCUUGAUAAAGUUCCUUGAAAGCCAAGUUCAGCGGACCCAGGCUAAUCUGACCAAACUUUCAGAAAAAGUUGAUGAAUUUGAGUUCAGAAAUAUGCAGUUUAAAAAAGUUGACGAUGUCCUUGACAAAAUGAUGCUUCAAAUAAAGAGGCUCCAGACUGAGAAAGAUCAGACAACUAGAAAUUUGGAGAACAAGAUGCUGAUCCUCGAAGAAAAGGUGGAUUUUGCUACUAAUUUCCCUAAUAAGGACUUAAACGAAACCCAGGAGAUCAAAUAAACUGCUUGAUGGCCAACUUAGAGACUUUGAGUACAAACUCCGCUCAGAAUAUGAAUUCCUCGUAAAAGACAUGAAAUCAGUCCAAGCCAUGCAUCUUGACUGCCAAUGAGAGUCAAAACUUAUGGAAGUAGAAAGGAGACUCAACAGGACCUUAGAACAGCAGGCUAAAGAUAUCGCACUGGAUGUCAAUCAGAUUGAGAGAAGAAUCUCUUCUUCAUUCAUAGCGAUGGAUAGCGAUGCUAUGGCUGAUAAAUCCCAAGUGUUUGAUAAGUUCUUAAAUGAAGUCAAUACUAAGUUCUAUAACAUUGAAAAGCAAGUCAACUCUUUGGAAAUGAAAGUACUCAAAUCUGAAAGCACAGAGGAGGGGUUCAAGGUUCACAAUUCAAGCAUCCCAUAUGUUGAGAGAACAGACUUGAAGCUAUUGGAAGCAAGGAUGGAUGACAAAUUUGAGGGCUUGGUUCAUAACUUAUCAAGCUUGACACAGAAAGUUGCUAUCAAGAACAGGAGUUUUGAAUCACAGUUUGAAACUCUUGAGAAUACUAUUGCAAAUAGCCUUCUUUCAAAAUCUAAGCGCGUUAGAAAUAGAACUGCAUCGACUAGGAGAAGUCAUGUAAGACCAAAAUUAGCUCCUCUUCCUAAAAGCCACUCAAGAACAAGAAAGUCAUCGGUUAAGAAAUCAAACAGAGCAAAAGAGUUAAGGAAAUCUGCUAAAACAAGGAACAAAAAGUCAAUUCGAAGGACUAAGAGCCGCAACAAAAAGGAUCAAGCAAAAACUACUUACUCUCAUGAUGACUAUAUAAUCUCAGAGUCUGCUUGCGAAGAUGCUCGCUCAUAUCGCCCAUCCGUCCAUUUCGCUACGGAUGAAGUGACACCCCAAAAUGCAGAUGGUGGAAUAUCUCUAAAUGAAUUUCAGUUUAAUACAGAUUCUUUAGAUCAUUACAAGAGUAUCUCUCUAUUAGAUUUCGAAAAUUUUAAUGACAACAAGACUUCUCAAAAACAGAAAGAUCUAUUAAACCAGGCAAGAAAGGAGGAAUUCCAAAAUUUCGUGGAAAAGGAAAAGAAGCAGGCUCACACAAAUGACCAAGAUGUUUAUGGCCUUGAAGAUAAAAACCCUAAUUCUAAUGAAGGGUACUGCCCGAUAAAUGUAGUCCAGCACAAAAUUAGCAAGAGUUAUACCCACGAGGAUCCAAAAUCAGAGGUGUACAAAGAACUGAAACAAAGCGUAGCAGGACAAUUCCAAGAGAAAUCUAGCAGAGAGCAAACUUUCGAGUCCAAUCCUAACUGGGCUGGAGGAAAAGAAAAUGACAGAAAUCAUAAAAACAUUACCUUUGCCAAGUCAGACUCGAAUAUGAGCACAAUUAAAUCCAAUACCUCAUUGAAGCAAACAAAGAAAAUGGAGAAGCUUGAAAAGUUGUAUAAUGAACUCUCGAUAUUACAAAAAUCAAUGAAUUAA